UAAAGUAUGUUCGGUGUCGGUCUACACCGUUUCCGUUUGUCCCUCUCACGACGGCAACAAGUCGAGCUUUGAUAGGAAAGAACAACAUCAACACCAUUAAACAUGACUGAUCUUGCUUGGAGUGUCAAAAACGGAGAUUUAAAUGGGGUGCAAGAAAUUAUGGAAAAACAGAAUCAAGAUGUAAAUGCAGAAAUUUCAGGUCGAUGCCCCAUCCAUUAUGCUGCCGACUACGGACAAAUAGAGAUCAUAAAAUACUUAGUUACCAAAGGAGCCGAUCUCAAUCGAUUAGACAAACAUGGAAUCUGUGCAUUAUUAGCUGCCACAUGGGAAGGCCAUGCUGAAUGUGUCAAAUACCUUAUAUCCCAGGGUGCCGACAAACAGAUCAAAGCACCAGAUGGACGUCAUCUCUUUGAAUGUGCAGAUUCGGAGGAAAUGAAGACAUUACUGAAAUAAGUGCCCUAAAUGUUUAAGUGUCUCAUUGCACCACCACCACCACCUGUAGCAACAACACACACACACACAGUAAACACAAUGUCCAUCAACAGAACAAACUUUAUCCUCGCAUAAUUCAGCUUCUCUACUCUCCACGUCUACCUUCUCUUUCUUUUCGGACAAAUUACGAAUACAGUCUCAUAGAUGUACACACAACUCCGUAUCUGGAAUGCUCGUAAACUCAUAGCUCUAACUAUUGUUAUUAUCAAGGUAAUCGUAUACCACCACUUCUACCUUGCUCAUGCAACUACAAACACACAAGCAAGCAGCUUACCAACUCCUUGUUUCCAAACUUAAUUACAAAACAAUUAUCAUGAAAAAAUUCUAUUGAUCCAGUGCUUUAUAUUUUUCUUUUUCUUUUUUAAUAUAUUUACAUUUAAAUAAUAAUAAUAAUAAAGAAUGAACAAAAACAG